AUGACUCCGAAAGAAUCUCUGAGAUCAAGUCGGCGUGAUGAGGAGGAGGAGGAGGAGGGAGAUCAUGAAUCUAUGUUCACUGCGUUGUUAACACCAGCAGGGGGAGAGGAGGAGAAGGACGGGGAUAUUUCUAAUGGGAGGAGCUACACCAACCCCGGCGAAGGAAUCUUUGACGACUACACCGUCUACGCCCGCGAGAGCGCAAACGUUGGUGAUUUUCGAUUGGGAUGA